AUGCCGCCGACGUUCGGAGGAGCUCCCAACUGCCCCCGCUGCGGGAAGGCAGUCUACAUGGCUGAGCAGGUUACGGGGCCUGGUGGACAGUGGCACAAGACAUGUCUGACUUGCAAGGAGUGCAACAAGCGGCUGGAUAGCACCUCGUUAACGGAACGCGAAAAGGAAGCCUAUUGCAAAACCUGCUACGGAAAGAUGUUUGGUCCGAAAGGUGUGGUCUACAAAUGCUCUGCCACGUCCCGCUAUUACAUUUCCAAUGAUAUGUUCUUGGAUCCGGCAGGCUACGGCUUUGGCGUCCUGAACACCGACACAACAAUCACAGACGCACAGCGCUUCUCUCCCAGCCCGUCACCCGGUGGAUCUCGGGCGGGCUCUCAAACGAGUCUUGGGUCGUCAGGCGGAGGCUCUGCAGGCAACCUCAACCGUACUGGUAGUGGAAACAUUACAGCUGGGUCUGGGGCGGGCACAGCUCCAACGAUUGGAAAGCCGAAGUUUGGAGGCGCUGACAACUGUCCCAGAUGCGGGAAGGCUGUAUACUUUGCGGAGCAGGUCAUGGGACCACAAGGGAUUAAAUAUCACAAACUGUGCUUCAAAUGCAGCGAUUGCAACAAAACCCUGGACUCGACUACUUUGGCAGACAGGGAGGGUGUCAUAUAUUGCAAGACGUGCCAUGGCAAAAAGUUUGGACCGAAGGGCUUUGGUUUCGCCAGUGGCGCUGCGGGACUCACCACUUAG